CCUCCUCCCCCCCGCCGCCUCGCUACCGCCGCGGCUCCGGCUGGAGGCGCCGCUGUCAUUCCUGCGCCGGAGGAGCCGGCGCUGCCGGAGCCCGGGGGUCGGGGCGCGGGGGAGCCGGGCCGCGGGGGACCCAACAGGUAGAGCCGGGGGUGCCCGGCCGCGUGCCCCCCGCGCAUCAUGCAGCUCUUUGUCACCUCUCUCGCCCCCAGGCCAAAAUCCUGAGCAUGAUGGAAGACAAUAAGCAGCUCGCGCUCCGCAUCGAUGGGGCGGUCCAGUCGGCCAGCCAGGAGGUGACCAACCUGCGAGCCGAACUCACGGCCACCAACCGGAGACUGGCGGAACUGAGCGGCGGCGGCGGCCCGGGCCCGGGCCCGGGAGCGGCGGCCAGCGCCUCGGCGGCGGCGGCGGCGGCGGCGGCGGCGGACUCGGCGGCGGCGAGCAUGGAGAACCACCAGCACGGCGCGCAAGGUUAUUAGGUGCUGUUGCUGUUACUGGCCCAGGGGCCGCACUCUGAGAACCACUCCUCUGGGCUCUCGUGUAGAUGCCAUCUCCCCACGUCCACCUGGUUCCUCCCUGCAGCAGAGAAAGCAGAGUCCAGGGAGGCCGGGGAGACUUAGGGACACCUGUCUGGCUCUUUCUGGGUUCUCUACUUGGGGCCGAGGCAUCCCCGGCAGACCAUAACCAAGUACUCAUGGCACUGAGUUACCUUGUAACCUUGCUGGUUGAAUAAAGUAAAUUUACAUGCCUCCCGGCUCUUUGGUUUUUUAAUUAUUUUUCUCAUCCCCCUGAUAAUGUCGCGUGUUUGGAUGGGUCUCCUGGUCAUUAGAGUGAAUUAGUGAAAUCCCCCUUUAUAGGUUUUUGUUUGUUUGAGCUUAACAGAGGUGGCUUAAAUCACUGGACGUCUGAAAUGCCUUCUCCGGCGAGUGCUUGGAUAGUGCUUCAUUAUAAGCAGGCUUAGCUGCUGGGACAGAUAGAGAUGAGAACAAUUUGCUUCUCCGCUGAUGGGGAAGCUGUGACAUUUUGGUGGCUCUGAUACAGAGCUGUUUUUCAGAAAGGGAAAGCGUCUUACGUUUCUGUUCGGUUCCAAAUAAUGUAGCUCCAGGAUGUAGCAGGUGAACCAAUGCAUGUGCCUGCGUGCUGGGGGUUGGGGGCGGGGAGCAGCCACAGUGGGGUCUCCAGGCCGGGAGGGAGCUGCUUGCUCAGAGCAGGGUGAUCAACGCAUCCCAGUUUGCCUGAGACUUUCCUGGUUUGAGCACUGAAAUUCAUCCCGGGGAAACCCUCCGUGCCAGGGAAUCUGGCCGUUUGGUCCGCCCGGCUUAGAGGGUGAUGAUGGCUGGAAAUUUCCCCCGGGGCAGAGUUCAGAAGAUCUCAGAAUAAUAAUACCGACAGUCGUCACCCAAGAUGUAAUAAUUCACAGACUAACAGACCAGCCACUUCAUCCACAUCCCUUGUUUCGUCCUCAAAACAAUGCAAAGCAGUGCGGCUAACACCAGUUUACAGGUGAAGGAAACCGAGACGGUUACGGCUCUCAGGCUGAGUCUCGGGCUUCUGGAGGCAGGGACUGGCCUCUCCAGAUCCCAGGUGAACCACCCACCACAACAGGUCUGGGGUUGUGUCCUCAGACCCUGGCGGAACCCGUGAGGCCCCCUCCUCCGUUGGGGCAGCUCCCCAGUGCCAGGACGUGCCUUCCCUUCGUUCACCUGAUUGUGAAGACCGAAAGAGCCAGCAUCCUAGGGCGAAAGCAGUUUCCCCUGGUGGAUUUCUGAGACCCGUGCGAAACGGGGUGGGAGCCUACGGUGGGGGGCUAGAAGGAGGCAUUUCGGAAGCAGUGGUCAGGAGCGGGGUCAAGGUACGUACAAACUCCAGGGGAGGGCUGGAGUAGGAGAUGCCACUUCUUGGCUCUGUGGCCAUGGGUGAGGUUUUAUUUUUUUUUUUAAACAUUUAUUUAUUUUUGAGAGACGGAGCACAUGAGCCAGGGAGGGGCAGAGAGAGAGGGAGACACAGAAUCCAAAGCAGGCUCCAGGCUGUGAGCUGUCAGCACAGAGCCCGAUGGGGGGCUCGAACUCACGAACCGUGAGAUCACCACCCGAGCCGAAGUCGGACGCCUCACCGACUGAGCCACCCAGGUGCCCCGGCCGUGGGUGAGUUUUUAAAUUCUCUGUGUUUCACUGCAGAGAAUGACUAUGAGGACCUGAGAUAAUAUAUAAAUAUUGCCUGGCGCACAGUAAGCACUAAAUAAAUGUGAGCCGGUAUUUUUUCCAUCGUUGCUCUCUCUGCUGCUUGACCAAGCUGGAACCUCAGUUUCUCUAUCUGUAAUAAGGGAACAAAGUGCUAACGUAGCUCACCGUGGAAGGGGAGGAGCAGGUGAACCAGUGUUUGUGAGGCUCUGUGCCUGGCGCCUGGAAGGACCUCAGUAAAUGUCC